GGCCAUUGGGGCGGCGACAGGAAGCAUAUCAGCGCCUUCGACGAGGGAAAGACUUCAAAUACUUCAACUGUGCCACCACCACCCGGAAAGUAUUCCAAACACACAAUCCGUAUCUCAAUUCUUCUGCACUAUUAAAGUCUCUAUGCGCAUUCCCAACUUCCCAUCCAUUGUUCGUACAUUCUACACAAUCAGCAACUACACAGCUCGAGUCUCAUCCCAAGCGCCACAAAAAGCUCUCAACCCAUUUACCAGAGGAACAAUCCUUAAGUCUAUGGCCACCAUUCCCUUCUUUGGUAGUUUCUUCAGCUCCAACAGUUCUUCCAAAAUGUCUUAUCCACUUCAGAAGAGCGACGACGAGUGGAGAGCUGUUCUCAGCAAAGGUAUUCCCUCUUGCCACCCAAUGUAAUUACCCUCACUAACACCCGAAUAAGAACAAUUCCGCGUCUUAAGAGAACAAGGAACUGAAGCUCCAUAUGUUGGAAAAUACGACAAGUACAUGCCUGAGACCGGUGUCUAUACCUGCGCUGGCUGCGAUGCGCCUCUUUACAAAGCAAAUCAUAAAUUCAAAUCGGGUUGCGGAUGGCCUGCCUAUUUCGAUAAUAUUCCAGGUGCGGUGACUCGUCAUACGGAUAGCACCUUGGGAAUGCAAAGAACGGAAAUUGUCUGCUCGAAUUGUGGUGGUCAUUUGGGACAUGUCUUUAAGGGAGAGGGAUAUCCUACACCUACGGAUGAGAGACAUUGUGUGAAUAGUAUCAGCAUGAAGUUUUCACCGGAGGAUAAGGUUGUAGAGGGAGCUGCAAAGCCAGAGAGUAAGGCGUAAGAUCUGGGAGUGUGUACUAUUGGGUUUUUCUACUCUCGUUGAGAGGGGAUUGCUUGCGUUUGUUUCAUGAAUUUGAAUAGCACCAAUGAUCUUUGCUCUGAUAUUAGAGCUAUUGUAAUCUAAUCCGCUUUCGAUGUCACCUGCAAACGUGAUCUGGAUAAACUUUAUUAAGCAGCU